UGUUCAAGGUCUAGUGUUUCAGAGUUUAGGGUUUAGGUUCGGGGUUAGGGGUCAGGGUUUACGGUUUAGGUUUACGGUUCAGGUUUCAGGGUUUAGCGUUCAGGGGUGGUGGGCUAAGGAAUCAGGUUUAGGGUUCACGUUUCAGGGUUCAGGUUUCAGGGUUCAGGGUUUAGGGUUCACGUUUCAGGGUUCAGGUUUCAGGGUUCAGGGUUUAGG